AUGGGGAACGAGGCGAGCAUGGAGGGCGGUGGGCAGCCUGGCGAUGCCGCGAUGAUGGGCUCCGCGAUGCCCGCUGCUUCUGCUGGAGGAGCUCAGGGCAUGAUGGGACAGCAUGGCAAGCCGCUAAACGGGUCUGCAGCCGGGGGAGGAAUGGCCCAGAUGGGAGGCCCCGGGAUGGGCAUGGCGAGCCACGACUCCGUGAAGCUGAUCAAGUUCGCGGACGACACCACCCUCAUUGGACUCAUCUCCAACAACGAUGAGUCCGCCUACAGGAGGGAGGUGGUCCGGCUGGUGUCCUGGUGCAGUGGUAACAACCUGGAGCUGAACGCCCAGAAGACAGUGGAGAUGAUUGUGGACUUCAGGAAGAGCACUGUCCCCCCGCCCCCACCCUCCGUGAUGGACUCCCCCAUCACCUCUGUGGAGUCCUUCCGUUUCCUGGGCACCACCAUCACCCAGGACCUCAAGUGGGAGCCGACCAUCAGCUCCCUCAUCAAGAAGGCCCAGCAGAGGAUGUACUUCCUGCGGCAGCUCAGGAAAGCCAAGCUGCCUGCACAGAUGUUGGUGCAGUUCUACACGGCCAUCAUCGAGUCCAUCCUCACCUCCUCCAUCACCGUGUGGUUCGCUGGAGCCACAGUCAGGGACAAACAGAGACUACAGCGCAUUGUGCGCUCUGCAGAGGAAGUGAUCGGCCGCAGCCUUCCAUCGCUGCAGGACCUUGCUGCUGCCAUCCACAACGCCUCCUUAGGGUUGGAUGCAGUGGGCGACAGAGAUGUGUUUUUGCAUAUUUCUCCAUCUGAGGUUGAUGUUUCCAAUGAACCAAUGAACAUCUUAGUGUGGUGCGGGUGCGGAGCUGGCUGUGCCCGGGCAGAUAAAGCUGAGGGCCAGGUCUGCACCACAAACAGGACAAGAGUGUCUCAAAGUGUGGGGUACGGACCAGUCGAGGAGGAGGUUGAGGUGGUGGCCUGCUGGAAUUUGUGUAUGCAGCAGUUUUAG